GUUAGUAAUACACAAAGCCGAAAUUUACCUAAACAUGUCUGGACGUGGAAAAACCGGUGGCAAAGCUAGAGCUAAGGCGAAGACCCGUUCUUCCCGUGCUGGACUUCAGUUCCCCGUAGGUCGUGUUCACAGGCUUCUUCGCAAAGGCAACUAUGGCGAGCGUAUCGGUGCGGGUGCUCCCGUCUACUUGGCGGCGGUGCUCGAGUACCUGACAGCUGAGAUUCUGGAAUUGGCUGGCAACGCCGCCCGUGACAACAAGAAGACCAGAAUCAUCCCCCGUCACCUGCAGUUGGCCGUCCGUAAUGACGAAGAGCUCAACAAAUUGCUUGGUGGCGUGACGAUUGCCCAGGGUGGCGUCUUGCCCAACAUCCAAGCCGUGCUUCUGCCCAAGAAGACCGAGAAGACUGCAAAGUCGAAAUAAAGAUGGAGAGCACAACCACCAAGUCCCAACGGCUCUUUUAAGAGCCAACCAUUUCCUUCAUAAAGAGUACAUUUUUAUGACUUUUA